ACUACAAGUGGAAGCAUUAUAGAAACCAGCAGUGAAAGUAGUGGCUGGAGAUACAUGGUCUGGUGGUCAGCGAGACAACAGCAGCCUUGAUGCUUGGAGGUCGUCACUAUCAGCAUCACCACUAACCAGAUCUAGCCCCAGAUGGAUAUGUACCCACUGACUGUCUCAAGCUGAUCAUCAUAUGACCCCAAAGAAAAGUAUUCAUUAGUGUAGUUAAAUAUAUGAAAAAAAAGUCCAAGAAUGUCACAUAAUAGCCCACCAGUUCCUCUGAUCAAUUCAACUGUUGAUGCCAGUGUGUGUGGAAAAGAUGCCCUUACUGAUAGCUAUGGCUGGUUUGUGCAAGUCCUGCUAGCCUCACUGGCAUUUGGAUUGCUAAUAUUGAAAAGAUUCUGUGAACCAAAGAAACAUAGAAGAUCAUGGCUUGUUUGGUUUUAUGACACCUCCAAGCAGGGCCUGGGAGCAAUGAUUGUUCACUUCUGUAAUGUCUUCUUGUCUGAAGCAUUCAAGGGUGAUCCCUGCACAUGGUACAUCAUCAGCUUCUUGUUGGAUUCCACCCUUGGCUUGGCCAUUAUCUGGGCUGGGAUUCGUCUCAGCAUCUACAUUGGCCAGAAGAAUGGAUGGCCUACUAUAAUCUUUGGGGAAUAUGGUCGGCCACCAUCAGUGCGGGCAUGGGGCCACCAGUGUGCCCUGUAUGUGGGCUUCAUGGUGGUGGAGAAGGUCAUCAUAACAGGACUGCUGGCAUUACAGUUCUGGGCCAGUGUGCGGGAACUCAUCCUGGCCCCCAUCACAAGCCCUCAGGCUCGAGUUGUCAUUGUGGUUCUAGUCAUACCCUUCUUUGUCAAUGCACUCAUUUUCUGGGUGACUGACAACUUCCUGAUGGUAAAUGUGAGGAAGAUAACAAGAGGUGAUGGUAGUAUGCGCGAGAGCAACUCUUCCUCGGGUAUGUCCAGGGUCUACUCAAAGGUACAUUAUAAGCGGCCCAACACCCUCCAUGAAGAUGAAUCUGAUGUUCUUCUCUCAUCAUCAUCCAAUGAUGAUGAGCUGCUUGGAAGAAAUGAGAACCUACAGGAGAGAUAUGUUGGACAUGUCAGUACAUGAAGUCCAGAGCAGCUUGGUAGCAGACCUUUGUGUGCUGACAUUUCUGCCCACACAUUUAAGUGGAAACUAAAUCAACAAAUAGAUUCCAGUGGUAGUUGUUAGCAGGUGAGGAACUAGCAACUAGCCUGAAGUGAUUGAGUGCUCUUGGCAUUUCCAAGGAAGGUCUGCUGGUAAUGAGAGCCAAAGUAUGAUGAGUUGCAAGAAGUUUAUUAAAAUUGUUAAAGUAAAAUAUAAUACUCUAAACUUAACAUGUAUGGGACCAAAGGUAUUAUUUUAUUAUGUGAUUAACUCUGGAGAGUAAAAACUUUGAUACUGUACAUCAGAACCUUUAUAUUUAGUGCAAAAUAUUAUUUAAGCAUAACAACAUACUCAUGCAAA